CUGCAAUUGUCAACAUGGCGGACACGCGGACUCGAGGAUCUUCUCGAUCUCCUGCCAGAGGAGUUAGAAACCGCUCUCGAUCAAGGGAAAGAGAACGCCCAAGGGAACGAGAGGCCAAUGAAAACAAAGUUUCAAUCGAUAGGGAAAAGGUAUAGGUUUUAUAUGUCUAACUUGCGAAAACGCAAAGUCUGGAAUUUGCCGACAAAUGUUCAAGUGAAGCUUAAAUUUUAUUGAAUUAACAAAGGAUGCUUACAUUGCUUGUGUUACGUUCUUUACAGACCUGUCCCUUGCUUCUAAGAGUGUUUUGUAAUCAAGGUCGACAUCACAGGUAAUUUCUUUAGUUUUUUUAACAGACUUUUUAGCAGGAGAAAAAUAAUAUAAGCCUUCUAGGGAAAUCGAAAAAAGUUCGUGUUACUGCGCUUUUCACAAACAUGCGAACUCUAAAGUUCAAAAGCCGCCUUCACAAUCGCGUUUUUCGCUGCCGUCAAUCAUAAUUACGAUCACAAGCAACGAACCUUGAAACACAGAAACACACAAAAGGGAUCGAAAUCCACCAAUCACACAUCACAAACCAUGACCUUUUGAACCCGUUAAAGUAAAGUUUUGUUUCCUAAGAGGUUCUUUAAGAUGAUUGACGGCAGUGAAAAACGCAAUCGCCAGUUGGCUUUUGAACUUCAGAAUUCCGUGUGUGUGUGAAAAGCGCAGUAACACCUGGUGUUAAGUUUGAGGGAAAUAACCGGGAAUAAGGAAAUAUGCAAAUGGGGUGGGGAGGGAAUGAAAGUAUCAUGCACACUUCACUUCAAGGGCAGCAAGAGAUAUAGAUUAAUUAUUAUUUUGAAAAAGGAAUUAAGUAACAAAGCUUGAUUAACAUACUUAAAAUGACACUGAAUUUGAACCGGGGAAUUGACACAAAGAAGUCUUGCUUUGAUUGUUCAGACUUCAGUUCACUGUUUUUUUUUUUUCAACUUGUCACGUGCUUGAAACAUGGUUUGAGUUGUCAAGGGUAUAAUUUUAUUGUUAUAUAGAAAUGAUCUGAAGGAAAAGAAAGUUACUUCGAGUUAUCAUGGGUUUGAGUUACUAAGGGUAAAAUUACAGUAAAUGUAUGAAAGGUCCUUAUUCCAUUCUCCUAGCAGGUAAGGGCAAUAUGAUGCAAGGUGUCUUGUCAGCUUGUUUUGGAAACUUACUGGUGCGAAUGGUGAUAGAUGUUUAUACGAAUAUAUUAACUCUCCAUUUCGUCUGGAUUUCUUCACUGAACUAGGAUAGAUGAAUAUUCUAGGACGGCAUUACCUUCAAAUGAACUUCAAGUUUACACUUGGUAAGAUUUGAUCUUUGACUCCUGGUAUCUUGAUGCAGUAACUGUAUUUACUCAUGGUCUGUAAAUAAAUGCACUGUAAAUAGAUUCCAUUUUGCUUUGUAUCUGUCAGGUUAUAGAUUACAGGUGACAUCAAAAUAUGGUAAGAACAAAGUUGUGCACUGUCACAAGCUGUUGGCGUAAAGUCUUUGAUAUACUUUCUACCCUUGCCACCCCAAACAUAAUUAUUGGCUUCUAAUGAAACAGAUGCAAACAAAAUGGAAUCUAUUUAUUACAUACAAGGCAUGGAAACAAAAAAACUGGAAACCUGCCUUGAAAUGCUCAACUGUGUUCAAAGAUUUUUUUCUCUUUAGGCAAUUUUACAAAUCAAAAUGAACACAUUUAGUUUCAGUUGCUUUUUUCCCUUACUUGUAACUGCUCCAGCAAAACUUCCUUUCAGACUUUCUCUGUCAAACCAAAAUAAUCCUGUGAACAUUUUAGAAACUGCUUUCUUUUUUGGACAACAUAAAGCAAAGAAUAUUUUCUGUAAAGAAGGCUAACCACACUUUUGUACUCUAUAGAUCAUCGGCAAGAACUAAUCACAGUUUACAAACUAUUAAUUUUGGUACAUUGUGUACUUUUUAUAAUAAUGAGAUGGCUUUUCAUCACUGCUGAAAAAAUUGAGCUGAGAAGAAAUCAAUGCAUACACCCCUUGUAGUUAUUGUUGGGAAUCUUUUAAUGAAAUUUCUCAUUUUAAACUUUGGUUAUUCUCCAUCGCAGGAAAGAUGCCACACUGAAAGAGCUGAUGAGCCUUGUCAAGGAAGUUAAUCCUGAUGCAAGGCGUAAAGGCACGAUGUUUGAUUUUGCUAUAGUAUUUCCUGAUGCUCGGCGUGGUGGCUUCAUUAUGAAGGAAAUUGGUUCCACUGCAGCAGGACGCAAAGGCACUGAUGACAGUGUUACGCUAGAGUCAAAAAAGUUUCAAAUAGGUGACUUCAUUGAUGUCGCUAUUCAGCCACCUAGAUUGGGAAGACGAGAUAGACCUUAUUGAUGUCACUAAGUAACACAAACAUUUUUUAUUGUCAUUUUGCUUUGAUGCUAAGUAAAAGAUUCAAAUCUUCUUACAUUAUCAACAUUAACAUCCCUCAUUCUUGUUUUGAAAAGCAGUCUUCUAAUGUGAACAGAUUAGCCUUAUUUAUUGUAUCAUUUUAGGAAUCAUUUUUUGUGAAACAACAAUGGUGGUCAAAGAUUCACAUUGGAUGAGUUCAGUUGGACUAAUAUUGAAAUGCAGUUUGUUGUCAAGAAGUAGAUGUAUGAUUUAAUUAACCAUUUUUGGAUGAAAAAAGUUAAACCCCAGAUUGUCUAUUGAACACAAUACUUCUUUAUUAUUAUUUGAUUGUGUCAUAUGGAGUGUGAUUUCAACAAAAUAUUACACGAAAAAAUACCUCAGUCUGAAAAAGGAUAGGAUAAAGAAGUAGCCUAACUUCGCUGUCCUCAUUUUUCACAAAUGCUGAAAGUGUAGUA